UACCCAAAAGAAUAAAACCCUAACAAAUCCUUGCCCACUUAGAACUACGCGCACAGAGCAGAUAGUUCUUGCGGCGACUGAAAUUACAAUCUAAAAUCUAUCACCAUGAAGUUCAACAUCGCAAAUCCGACCACUGGAUGCCAAAAGAAGCUUGAAAUUGACGAUGAUCAGAAACUGAGGGCAUUUUUUGAUAAGAGGAUAUCACAGGAAGUCAGUGGAGAUGCGUUGGGUGAGGAGUUCAACGGCUAUGUUUUUAAGAUCAUGGGAGGUUGUGAUAAGCAAGGAUUUCCCAUGAAGCAGGGAGUGCUGACUUCUGGCCGCGUCCGCCUCUUGCUUCAUCGAGGCACUCCAUGCUUCCGGGGGUUCGGAAGACGUAAUGGGGAGCGCAGAAGAAAGUCUGUGCGUGGAUGCAUUGUGAGUCAGGACCUUUCUGUUCUGAACUUGGUUAUAGUAAAGAAGGGUGACAAUGAUUUGCCUGGUUUAACUGACACUGAAAAACCAAGGAUGAGAGGUCCAAAAAGGGCAUCCAAGAUCCGGAAGCUCUUUAAUCUCUCCAAAGAGGAUGAUGUCAGAAAGUAUGUAAACACAUACCGUAGAAACUUCACAACGAAAAAUGGGAAGAAAGCGAGUAAAGCUCCGAAGAUUCAGAGGCUUGUCACUCCAUUGACACUUCAGAGGAAGCGAGCCAGAAUUGCACAGAAAAAGCAGAGGAUUGUGAAGGCAAAAUCUGAGGCAGCUGAGUACCAGAAGCUUCUUGCCUCUAGAUUGAAGGAACAGAGGGAUCGUCGCAGUGAGAGCUUGGCAAAGAAAAGAUCCAGGCUCUCUGCUGCUUCCAAGCCAUCUGCUGCUGCAUAGACCGGAAAUUGAGCUUCGGUGUCUCACAAAAGUUUUUGAUAGUCCUGGUGAUUAGUUCAUAUGUUCGUGCAAUGUUUUAAUUUCUUAUAAUAUUUCUGCAACAUUUUGAGAGUUUUUUUUUCAUAUGUUGAUGAUCAGCUUGACAUUCCAGAUAGCUUUAUGUUUUUGGAUAUUAAUGUGGUUAUUUUGUAUGGGAAAUUCGUAUUUAUAUGUUAUGUACUACAUACAAGUAGUUCUUUUAUAUAUAAUUUUCGCUGGUUCUGGUGCAA